UCCUCUCAUUGCUCUUUAUACUGUCCACAUACCCCAUAUGCAUCGUACUUCUGCAACAUAAAUGUUCUCUUUCAAACUGGUUUCCCCCAGUUCGAUGAUAAGCGAUAAGCUUCAGUCGGCUACGUCCGAUACAGGCCCGCCCCCCUUGCCAUAUCAGCAUUGGGGUCAUCACUCCACCUUACAUCCCUUCAGCUCUAUGCAACAACAACAACUUGCUUACUGACUGUCCCUCCCUUCUGCAUUUCGAUAAUACUUCCUCUUCUACCAACAAGAACCUUCUGAGACUGCACCCAACCCCAACCGGCUUGGUUGCGAGCUGCGUCAUGGCGGGGAUGGAGCCCCGCAAAACCCCUCCGGAGUACUUCCUGGAGAUCUUCGCCGACACCACCCAUGUGCGAGAUGUACUGAAGGGUGUCCUGAACCUCAUCUUCUUCCACCGUUACUUCCCUUCUAUCCGGCCGGUCACCUUUGACGUGCUCGAUUUCACACUCCCCGCUAUAAACGAUGCAGAGCUAGAGACGCUGAUUGAAUCGCGCGUAUCGGCUCUGGUCCGGCAGCACCUUUCCUCCGCAGCCGGCGGGCAGGAUGGCCAAAUUGUCGGUGGUAGCGGGGGUGUGCGAGGGCGGAUCGCAGUCGAGUUCUACGAGAAGAAACGGCGUCGGUCUGGGAACUGGUUUGGCGGACUGACAGGGAAAGGCGAGGAAGAGGUGUGUUGGGAGAUUUGGACACUUGAUGUAACGAUCGCGACACCGCGCACAGAGUCCGAACGAGCCAAGGUGCGCAAGGCAAUGGGUAAUAUGCUGCAAAAGGCAGCUUUGAAAAUCUUGAGCGUUGUCAAUCGAGAUAAAGACCAUAUCCCGCCCAUCACCACUAGUGAUUCCAACCCGUUCCCCUAUCGGAUUGUCGUCAACCCUCGCGCCGAUGGCUGGGGAAAUCGCAUGGGGCUCUACUGAGCUAUGCGGUUUGAUUAAGAGCUUGGACGAUACACCUCAAAAUCGUCAAGUCUGAUACGUUUACACUCCGAUUAUUGUUCAACCAACCGGAUACGUUGCCUUUAUUUCCUUCAGUGGAACAUGGCCGCGGGCGAUCAACCCCGAUACGAUUUACGAAGUCUGUCAGAUAUUAUAAAAGGGCUAUUACUAUGAGCCUAUGAAACUCUCAUGUGCUGUGCUUGGACUUUCAAGCGAUGGCCUUACGGAGUUCAGUGCUUAGGUGUUUAUUUUUUUGGGAUUCUUGAGAGGGCUGGGCUGGUUCUUUUUAUAAUGCGGCGUAAGUACAUAUGGAUCUUUUUUUAUACUCAAUUACGAAAACCAAUACGAAUAUCCUGUCCUGGGCCUUUUAUUGAGCCCUAC